GGGCUUGUCAGGGCUGGACAGUGUGGGAUGGAAAGCGCGUUUUUUUUCUAUAUUCGCUAAAUGUGUACACACUUUGAUGGAAAAAGAGAGAAAAAAUUAGGGCCACAAAGAGGUUGCAAACAUAUUUGAUAAAUUCAAAUUAAAUCGACUGCUCGGCGACGGGGCCAUUAACAUAAAACGCGCCACGCAUUGUGCCGAUUAGUUUUGGUAAUAUUCGCCACAUCAAUUGACUACGGGCGUCGUUACGGAAAGCAGGACAAAUGGCGGAAAACGGAAUGCGUGUCGGCCCAGGGUCAUCGGCGGCAGCAGCGGCGGCUGCCAAUGCAAAUGCUGGCACCAGCAAUGGUGAGCACGAGAAUGAACACAAUGCUGUGGAUAGCGAGAAGGUGCAGCCGGCGCGUCUGAAUGAAUCGGCCCAAAAAUAUAUGCAAGAACUGAUGAGCGAGCGGUCGCGCAUGGAGAGCCAAUUUCCAUUGGCAUUAAAACUAAUUGACGAAGCUUUGGAGAGGGUGCAGUUGAAUGGCCGCAUUCCGACGAGAGACCAGUACGCCGAUGUGUAUCAGCAGCGGACGAUUAAAUUGUCGCAGAAGGUGCACGUGCCGAUUAAGGAUAAGAAAUUCAACUAUGUUGGCAAGCUGCUGGGCCCCAAGGGCAACUCACUGCGCCGGCUGCAGGAGGAGACGCAAUGUAAAAUCGUUAUAUUGGGCCGAUUCUCAAUGAAGGAUCGCGCACGUGAGGAAGAGCUACGCAAUUCUGCGGAUGCUAAAUAUGCCCACCUUAAUCUUCCGCUCCAUGUCGAGGUGUCCACCAUAGCGCCACCAGCUGAGGCGUACGCUCGCGUUGCAUAUGCGCUGGCCGAGAUCAGGCGGUAUCUUAUACCUGAUAAGCAUGACGAUAUUCGUCAGGAGCAGUACCGAGAGCUGAUGGAAGACCCGGAAGCUGCCAAAAAGUUGACCCUGCGCCAGUUGCAACAGCAGCAACAGCAACAACAACAACAACAGCAGCAGCAACAACAGCAAUCAGCUUCUGCUGGUGGCAACGGCAAUGGUAACAAUCGCUCGGGUGGCAGCUACAGACAAAAGUAUCAGCAGCAACCGCACUAUCAUCACAACGACGAGACUGUCUACUAUCGUUCACACAACAAUGCCUACCACCAGCCAAAGCCCUAUGUGCCAGCUGCCCAGCGGGGCAAUGCAAUGCAUACAACCUUGCCGCCGCAGGCCAUCGUACGCGAAUCACCUUGCAUGGUGGUUAGCUCGGCCAGUUUCAAUGGACGCAACGCUGGCAUGGGCAAUGCCGGCGGUGGAAUAAUGGCUAACACCAUUGUGACUGCCACAGGCGGUGGAAUUGGGGGCACUGUGCCGCCUAUAAGGCAUUACCGUCCCGCCGCUCCCUAUCAAUUUGUUAAGAAAUAAUACAGAAGCAAUGCGCCACCUGCCGCUCGCUGUUUGUUCACCAUUUUGUCAUCAUGUUCAUCAUGUCAUCCAAAUGCAUGCCCCGCCUAGCAACGUGCAUAAAUGUAUGUAAGUGAUGCAUGUGCAUGCGCCGCUGCCAUUUGAUGAUUGGGCUUUGGUCGUCUGAGGCCUGAGCCGGAUCAUAACACACACU